GGAGGCUCCGCAGCGGCUGCAGCCCCAGCAGCAGCGCCGGCGCCGCCGAACCCCGAUGCCUCCCCUGCAGCGGCUCGCCAGGGAAGAUGGCGCCGUCCCACGUCCUCAAGUGCUGCCAGAGGGUGCUGGCCUGGGUGCCCGUGGUCUUCAUCGCCCUGGUGGUGGCCUGGUCCUACUACGCCUACGUGGUGGAGCUGUGCGCGUUUACGAUUACCUCAACUGGAGAAAAAGUUGUCUACCUUGUGGUUUUUCAUCUGUCAUUUGUCAUGUUUGUAUGGUCCUAUUGGAAGACGAUUUUUACAUCUCCUGCUUCCCCCUCCGAUGAGUUCUGCUUAUCAAAAUCUGAUAAAGAACAAUAUGAAAGAGAAGAGAGACCAGAGUCCCAGCAGGACAUUUUGAGAAGAGCUGCUAAAGACUUGCCUAUCUAUACCACAACAGCAUCAAGGGCAAUCAGAUAUUGUGAUAGAUGCCAACUAAUCAAGCCUGACCGCUGUCACCACUGUUCUGCAUGUGACCUAUGUGUACUAAAAAUGGACCAUCAUUGUCCUUGGGUGAAUAACUGUGUGGGAUUUUCUAACUACAAAUUCUUCCUCCUGUUUUUAUUAUACUCCUUAUUGUACUGUCUGUUUGUUGCCGCUACAGUCUUGCAGUACUUCAUAAAGUUUUGGACACUUUGCCGCAGGAAAUCUGCAGAGAAUUGUCCAAAGAAUGAUCUGCCAGACUCGCAUGCAAAAUUCCAUGUACUUUUCCUUUUCUUUGUGGCUGCCAUGUUCUUCAUCAGCAUACUGUCACUUUUCAGCUACCACUGCUGGCUAGUCAGCAAAAACAGAUCAACAAUAGAAGCAUUCCGGGCACCCACAUUUCGAAAUGGCCCUGACAAAAAUGGCUUCUCUCUCGGAUGCAGCAAAAAUCUGAAAGAGGUUUUUGGAGAUGAAAAGAAGUAUUGGUUGCUGCCUGUUUUUACAAGCUUGGGUGAUGGUUGUAAUUUUCCAACUCGCCUGGUGAUUAUGGAUCCAGAGCAACUUACUGUCUCAAGCCAAAAUGAACCCGCCAAAAGUUCUGGAGCCAAUCAGCCCUUUCCUGUCAGGCCACUCAGUGAGUCACAAAAUCGAUUGUUGGACAAUGAAAGUCAGUGGGUGGAAGGUGGCUCAGAAGAAGAAAAUGUUAAAUCAGGUGCAAAAAAGCAUGUUAUAGUUUCAUUGGAAAGCUGAUCUCAGUCUGUUAAUGACCAAUUAUCUCAAUGAGAAAAAGAUUUCUGCGACACAUUUGUGCUUGAAUAUUAAUUUUGUUUGGAAGAUGUUGCUCAGUAAAAUGGAACAGUGUGAACAUGUUAAAGAAGAUUUAUGAGAAAUUGUUUUUGUACAGUACAAUGGACGCUUAUAAGCACUGCUGCAGAGCAGGGAAGUAAGACAGAUGCCUUAAGAUUAUUAAUAUGCAUUUAUGCAACAUUGACUUAUAUACUGCUACAAAAGAGACAAAUCCUGAAGUGUCCUACGUGGGUGAGCAAGGCCCAAACAGAGCAGAAACUAUGCAUUGCUGCUGUGGGGGGAUAGAUCUGCCAAGACCCAAGCAGGCAGAUCCCGUAUUCCUGUGCACUGCAGAAGUUACUUCCAUAGCAGGUCUCCAGGGGACCAAGAAAGGGGAAAAGUGGAUGUGUUGCCCACAAACACAGAGCAUGGCCAGUGAGUCUCCACUGUGUAGCUACAUGGGACCCAAACACCACGUAAGAGAAGAGCAGCGCGAUGUAUCUUCAUCUCUUCCUAGUACCCAGUGGUAGCUGGUCACACACUUACUACCCCUGUACCCUGGCUCUGUAGUGCUGUGGGGGUUAAAAACGCCUUCCUUCAGCCCUGCUUUGUUGCAGCAAAAUGCCAAGCAGAUAAAGCUCUUUCACUUGGGCUCCACUUGUUUGCUUCAGGAUUGGGCCCCCUAGUAAUUUGAUUUCUUUAAUCCUAUCAGGAAUGUGACUCCUUAAAGUGACCAUUUAGAUAUAGUAACCUGAACAACAAUUUUAUUUUUCCUACAGUUGCCUCUCAACAUACAAAACAUCGUCAAUACAGAAAGGAGCUAACAAACUAGUACAUUUUUCUGUUAGGGGUGCAAAAUGGGAUGUACAAGGCAGUAACAGAGCAGCAAGAUCCUAGUGGCAGCAGAAAACUUAUUGUAAGUUUUGUACUGUAUUGGAAAAUGAAACUGGAGGAAAUUACUGCUUUUUAUAUUUAACACUUGAUGGUUUAUAAACAUUGUUUUAUAUUUGCUUUAGCUUUUUAAUAAAAACAGAAGGUUGGUUUUUUUUUUUAUUGUUGGCUCUAAAGUACCAUUUAGACACAGUUCAAGUAUCUGUGAUGAAAUGUAAAUGUUGGAUCAUGCAUUUGGGGAAUGUAUUGGAAGUUUAUUUUAUGCUUUAGUCUGUUGUCUUUUACUUUCAUUUUAAGUGGAAGUGACUGAAAAAUAGCUGAAAUAAGCACUUUACAUAAUUCUUUAUCUUGUUCAUGAAAGGCAAGUUAAAUGUUUCCUAUGUAGGGAAUAUAGUCCAUCCAAAGCUCGAGACCCACAGCAAACAACAUAUCCACAUUUCUUACUCCUAUUUAGAAAAGACUACUAAUGAUAUUUAUUUUUCAGUGGUACUGACAUUGCACCCAGCAAACUUGAAAAAUGUCCCUUACUUGUCAAUUUCUAUAUUCCACUAUAUGGUAUCUGCUGAUCCUGAAUAGGUGCAAUUGGGUCCUCUUGAAACUGGGACUGGACGCAGCAGAGCAGUUUAUCUGGGAUGAAGGGACCCACCUAUGUGUUUUUGUUCCUGGGCUGAUUACUUCCAAAACUGAACGUGUAUUUUAUGAAAACACGAAGGUUAAAGUUGGGGCAGGAUUUUGCUCUCACAGGGCCCUUAAGUCCUCUCUGGAGUUAAAAUGGUACCUAUUCCUUUAUAUUUUCAAGUACUGCUUAAAGUGGGAGGGAUCUGAGAAUUUUUAAGCAUGCUCUGGUCACUAGCAAGUGUACUCAUGGAAGGAAAUGUAAUGGUCCAAAAUUUCACUUUUCAGAAGUCUUGCAAAAUGUCUCUCAAAAUUUUGUACUACUUUUGUACAAAAAGUGUAGCACCUACCAACUUCAGAAUUCACAAAAAACAUCAUAUGCCUUCUUUUGAGCUACAAACCCCUUUUCCCUGAAAUCUUUCAGCCAGUCUCAAAUAUUGGCAACUUCUGCUUAACUGAAAAUAAAAAAAAAAACAAGUCACCAAAUUCUAGCAAUCAACAUGUUAGGUUUGGAAAGAGAGAUCUCUCCAUCAAAAUAUCCUAUGGCUUGUCGGUCUCAACCCAGUGAGACCGACAAGACCCUGAUUUCAUCUCCCCUCUUCCACUGACGGGUAUUAAGAGCUGUGAAGCACCCCAAGCUGUCAUUAUAGAAAACAUGACUAUGGGUAUUUCCCCCUGCAUUUUACAGAUGAGCUAAUUGAAGAUCUAAGAGGCUGCAGAGGGUCAUUUCUGGCAGAUCAGGGACUAGAACCUAGGUCUCUACUGUGGCAAGCUCUCACUUAACAGUACUGCCUUUGAGUCUAAAAACACUGUGUUAAUUGUAUCUGUUCAGUAUACCAGUAUAAUUGCAUCCACACUAGAGGCUAACACCAAUUUAACUAUAUUGGCUGCUAAACUAAUACAAUUUAAAGCAGUACAAAAGCUGCGUAUAGACAAGCCCUCUGAGAUUAAGCCAAAUGUCUGUGUGUGGUUUCCAGUGAGCAGUGAGUUUCUUUGGGAGCAUUCUUUCCUCUGCAUCUCAGAUAAGCCACUAACAAUGAAUUGAGACUUCCAUACAGAAUUGGUGCUACUGAUAUAUAGAUCUGGAUACAGAUAAAGAUAGAUUUUUAGUGCCAUAGUUUGCCAGAUUUUCUGAUGUUUUGAGUAAGACUAGUAUGAGAGUAUCACACUCUUGAUUCUGGUGAAGGAGGAGCUCUGCUUGGAUGUAAAAGCAGGUAGUAUCUGAGGCCACUUUUACAGGAUGUAAAACAUCAGUGGGUGGUUCAACAAAGAGCCCCCUGGUUCAGCUCACCCUUCUUGGAGAAGUGAUUGCCACAAAAAAGACCAUAUUGAUGGAAAGGAAAUACCAUGAAACUGAUCUUAAAGGGUGCCCAACUAUGGACUCCUAGAACUAAAUAGAAUCCACUGGCCAAAGUGGUGCAUCUCUCUGAUACAGGGAGUCACCUUUGCUGUCUUUUUUGAGAACUGACAUAAGAGCUUUGGGUAUACAAUAGGUACAGCAUCUGAAACAGGAUCAAAUCUUCCAGGCUGUCAUUUGGAGAGCAACCCUAUUGGCAGUUUCCCAUGCAUAGGCAAGAGCACUCUGUACUUGAGUGAAGGAAAGUGAAUUAAAGGCAGAAGGGGAGAGAGCCAGCAAUAAAAAAUAAAUUUGGCAAGAAAGAAAGAGAUGGGGAAAGGGGGGGGGGGGAAGCUGUUUUGCUGCUGAGUGGAGUUGUAAGCGCACUGCUUCCACGCUUUGCCUUACAGAGGCAGGACAACCUGUGAGAGCAACCUACUGAGCAAGUCCUUUCAGCCCAGGCCUUCCUAUUCAAUCACUCAGAGACUUCCAGUCACUGCAUCAAGGGAACCCCACCCAUUCAGGAUCAGUGGAUGUGUUCUUGAGAUAAUAUGAUUAUAGUGAGUGCUGGAUUGUGUUUUAUAAAAGCUGUUCCAUAUGUGCAAGUACAGAAAUACUGAGACGACAACUAAGGGCUUGUCUACACUGGCAAUUUACAGCACUGCAAUUUUCUUGCUCGGGGGGUGAAAAAACACCCCCCUGAGCGCAGCAAGUUUCAGCAUUGUACAGCGCCAGUGUAGAAAGUGUACCAGCGCUGGGAGCUAUUCCCCUCGUGGAGGUGGGUUUUUUAGAGCGCUGGGAGAGCUCUCUGCUGCGAGUACACAAGCCACGUUAAAGCGCUGCCACAGCAGUGCUUUAGCAUUGCCAGUGUAGACUAGCAGUUCCAAUGCUCAAGCCUUCAGAUGCCUCCACAUUGCAGCCACAAAUAGUAUUCCAGUUAUUUGAUUGCUGGAGUAUAUUGGUACCAUUAGAAUCUGUGUGCUUAAUGUUUCUUAAAGCUAUUUUGUAUUAAAUAUAUGUAAUGUGCUUUAAACUUCCAGUUUGAGGACAAAAGCCUGAUAUAAAGCUCUUCUCUCUUCCUAUGUAAGGGUUUUCUCCCAUUUCUGAAUACUUAAGAUGAUAAAGAAGUCCCUUAAGGGGGAAAGAUGAAACAAGUGAAUCUGUGAGAGAAUUCAAUUCAAUUGAACCGCUUUUGCUUAUGUAACAGUACCUGCAUUUACAAUUUGUACCACAUAAUCAGACUUGUUUUAAAUAGUGGUAGUCUGAUUCUUGGCAAAUUUGUAUGAUGAAUGUAGGAAAAGAGAGAUGCUAUCUCUUAUCAACUAAAUUCUUAGAAUACUAUCUCAAAAUUUGACUUCAGUUUAUAGAAAGUAAUCUUUGAGCCCAGACUUCCACUGACUGAUUUUUACUAGGUAAUUCUAGAAGAAAUUUUUUGACAUUACUAAUGUUUUUAGCUGUCUGAUU